AUGUCUCACGAGGAUAGCGUGCACUACGACUUCGAAACACCAAUAGGUGACGCCGAAUGGAACGCCACCUUGCCUAGCGGAGGAGUGCUCCUGCACCUCGGCCCCAAGCUCCGUCCCUUCUCGCUCUCCAUGUUUCACCAGAUGCGCUGCCUCAACAUCAUUCGCGGGGGCCUUGCUGCCCUUUAUGCAGACGGGACUCCGGGUGCACGACUGCGACAGCCAAAUCUCACGAGGCACUGCAUGAAUUAUCUGCGACAAAUGGUGCUUUGUCGAGCGGAUCUGCGGUUAGAGUCGGUGAGAGCGCCGAGGGGAUAUAAGUUGGCAACAUCUGAGGUGACACACGCGUGUCAGGAUUGGAAUGCGGUGUACUCUGCGGCGGAAGAGAACUAUGCUCAAUAUCUGAUCACGCUGGAGGAAGUAGACGAGUAG